CCGACCUCAGGAGGUCCAAGGUUGCCAAGAUGAAUGCAUAUGACAGAGAUAAUUCUCCAAAUUGUCUCACUUAUACAGAGUACGUCAAUUGGAUCCGUCAAUCGUGUCAGCGCAAAUAAAGAAAUCGAUGCUUGUGGGAGAAUAUCACAGGCCUAGAAUCAGACAAUCAUUCUGCUCAAAAUGCAAGCACAAGCAAGGCGCCGGCCUAUGGCCUUCACAGGUUGUUGGACAUGCAAAGCAAGGAAGAUCAGAUGUGACGAAAGGCCAUUCACAUGUAAGAACUGUGAGAAGCGAGGCAUUCCCUGUGGCGGCUAUGAUAUUAGACUGCAGUGGGUAUCAGACCCGUUCGCAGAGCCUGAUCCGGCCGCUACUUCCAAUAGACAAGGGCGAAGGAGCAUAUUGCUAGAUACCGUGUGUCGGUACCGGGCGGAAGAGAUCGAUGACUUCCUGACCUCUAUCGAAUACGAUGUAGGAUCUGGCUCCUCAUCGAAAAAGGGCCCCUUCUCAAUUUUCCCACUGCGUAUUGAGGACUGUGAGCGUGCCUCCCAGAGUUUGGUCCUGUCUCUCGAUGGGUCAGGGGAAGGCCAGGCAUGUUGGAGCUCCGAUGAAUACUUGGCAGGACCAACAGGUACUGAUCACGACUAUGCGCAAAACACGGAAUUGCAGGAUUUAGAGCUAGCCCAAGCCUCCUCCCCGUUCGCAUCUUUCUAUAACCCCUCUUCUGACGACGCAGUCAAUGUCUCCGAUGACUUCCAUAUUCAAGUCCGAUCUAGGGCGGAGACUGAAGGAAGUAUCGGGGAAUAUGAUUCCUGGGUAGAUCUCACCUCGGCUCAUGGCCAGUUGAGUGAGAAAGACUCCCCAACGUGCGACUGGGACGAUGUGCUCUUGCACUCCGAUACCACAACACCAACCAUAUCCCCGACUCUGUCUGACUUAACACGUAUUCCAAUUCGGCAUAUCGAAAGCAGUGUUUUUGGAGAUGCCGAAGUUGGCAAGCUGAUGCACCACUACAUGGAUCAUGUUGCAGAUCUCCUCCAACCCAUAAUCCACACCCAAAAUCCAUAUCGUAGCAUAUAUGCUCCCGCGGCAAUCGAAGGCGCACAACUCAGCAUGUCAGGUUCAAUUGCGACCAGGGCAAAACUACAUUCGGCAAUCUAUCACGCGAUUUUAUCAUCGGCCGCAUUCCACAUGUGGAACCGUGAUAAACUCCAGACCAGGUGCCACAAUAUAGGCGCUGAACACAGGUACUAUGCACUUCAAUCCCUGCAGGCUGCCAUCGACUCCUCCACACCAGGGGCAGAUUAUAAAUUUUGGUUGAUGGCAAUAUUAUCCCUUGUUACAAUCGGAGUAAUAUCCGGGGAUGGAGACUUCAAAAUACACUUGGAUGCUGCAACGAAAUUACGAAAUUCGCGCCAAAAAUGGAGAUUGAUCAGUGGCUCGACUCGGCAGCUCAAUGAAAUCAGUGCCUUUUUAGCCCUCAUGGUCCGAACACUGUCUUUCGAGGCUACUCUGUCACCUUGGCUCGGUAUCGAACCCAACAUUUCUCGCACAGAGGAACUGACCAUCCGGUCAAGUGGUUGUUAUGAAUAUAUGUACGGGAUUGCACCUGCCAUUGCGGCAACGAUCCAGGAAACGUGUCGACUCGGUGAAUUCGUGGCUCAAUUCGAGAGGCAACAGCAACCUAUCCCAGACGAUCUUCUUCAGGCCUGUGAAAAUUUAGGCGAUACCCUGCUAUCCUGGAGGCUGGAAAAUGAGAGAAUAUCGUCGAUCGCUGCAAGUGACGACUUGAUGAUGACUCUAUUCAACCAUCAAGCAAAAGCUUGGCAUUAUGGGGCUUUGAUUUACUAUUACCGGCGUAUCCAACAUUACGAGGCCCCGGAUGUCAGAAAGGAAAUUGAGCAUGUCAUCGAGCACAUGGACGCUGCAGAAGAUGUCAAAUCGAGGUCAAAAUCCCGUCAAGUGCGCAUAAUGGCCCCGAUCACAUGGCCGAUGUUUAUUGCUUCCUGUGACACUAUAGGCCCGCAGCGGGAUUCUUGUAAAUUGUGGUGGCACAGAGUAGAGCAUUACGGGAUCACGAACAUAUCCAGACAAUGGGAUAUAAUCCAACGGAUCUGGGAGGAGCGGGACAUCAACCGCAAUGAGCUCGGUGCAUUCAAUUGGAUGGACAUUUUUGGCUCUAUGGGAAUUAAUAUAUUACCUCUAUAAUCAC